AUGACAACAUCUACAGUUACUCAUAAUACACCUCUUACUGUACCUCAACUUGUCCAAAUUUGCAUCACAUUUUUUGAUGAUGAAGAAGAUGUGGAAAAAGAUUCUCUUCCAUGGGCAUUAUUUCACGUACAUGAAUGGUUUGUUGAUAGUUCUGAGCUAAUGGCGCAUUUCAUAUCAAUUUUUUUGGAUGCAGUAAACGAUAAUAGCACUCGUUUACGGAUAUGUCGAGCGGUCGGAUAUUGGAUCCGAAUAUGUCCGACACAUUUUGAUGCAUCCUUAUGUAAGCUUGUUGAACGCCUUAAAUUGUUGGCUAUUUCAAGAAAUGUCCCAAAUUCUGCUACACUUCUUGACCUCUCAUCAUU